AUGAUUCAACCGAUUAAUCCAAAUGGUGUUUCUUGUUCAUCAUUCCUUCUUGCUGCUUAUGGAACUGAUAAUCAAUUCACAACCGAAGAUACAUUAAUGAAGUGGAUGAGUGUUGUUAAUCAUUGUAAUGAAAAGCAUGGGAGAGUGGUCGGUUUUGCCACCGACUGUGAUCCACGUUAUUUACGCUCAAUGCGUCUGUUCAUGGGCUUUUAUGCUGACAUGCCAAAUCAACAAAUUCAUUUACGUGAUGAUGCCUUUCAUGCUAAAGUUCCUAAACUCAUUCGAAAUAUUCGUUUGGCUUUUAUCAACAAGGAAACUAGUUAUCUUGAUCGAAUUUACUACUCAUGGAAAAAUGUCUUCCUGAUCCGAUAUUGGUACAUCUGGUUAAGUUCAAAACAUAAAAGUGAUCUUGAUUUAAUUCUUUCCAAAUUACCUUCUACACAAAAGCAUCAAAAGAAAAAAACAAAGCAGCAGUAUUUCAUUAGUCUUCCAUCACUUUUUUCGAUCGAAAUCAAUAGUCACACCCUCGUCUAUCUUGGUCUACUCGUAAUUCAAAAUCGUUUACCACCACAGUGUUUGAACGUAUCAAUAUUUAACUCACAAUCUUGUGAGAGUACCUUUCGUUCAUGUCGUGCAAUGUCAGGACCUUUUUCCUCAAUAGUCAAUUUUAAUGUUCAUCAAUUUCUUCAACGAGUAAAGAAGUUAUCUUAUUUAAAUUCUAUUAAAAGUCGAAACAACAGCAAUAAUACAAAUACCGAUAUUCUAUUUCCACGUCAUCACAAACUAUCAAAAACAAUUGAUUCUAAACAAAUAUCGCCUUUAUCAUCUUCUACUGCAUCACUUUCACUUGAGGCGAUCGAGAAUACUAUUUUACGUGCAUAUUCCGAUGUAUGUAGUCUAGUAGUUGAUAUGAAUAUCUAUCAACAAGAUCAAGUUUUACCACUAGAAAAGAUGUCUAGACUAGCUAAUCUUCAACUAAUGAAAUCACGAAUAGUCGAUUAUUCUUGUCCUGAUAAAUAUGAUUCGGAUUUCGAUUCGGAUUCAGACGAUAGCAAUUCUGAAGGAGAUGAAGAAAUCACCGCAAAUGAUGCUGAUGAUGAAGACU